AUCAGGAUGGAUAAGCAUUGUAAUAUCGAUGAUACUACUUCGGCACUUCUCGAAAGCUUCAAUAGACUGAGAAGACCACUCAACCUCCCUGUGAUCAUUCUUCUUAGAAUCAUGGAGAAAUGCGUUCAAGGGUCUCUGAAUAUCAGCAGCGUGAGAAAUACUACGACGGUAAAAAUUUAUCAUACCCAGAAAUCUUCGAAGCCCCAACAAUGUCCUUGGACGAGGAAAAUCCACAAUAGCCUUCACUUUUUUAGAGGUAAGCCUAAUCCCAUCGGCACCCACGAUAUAACCGAGGAAAUCGAUCUCAGACAAGCCAAACUGGCACUUACUAACAUUCAAACGGAGAAGCUAUCAGGAUAUCAUCUAUAUAGGUAA